AUGUCGAUUCCCCUCUUCAAUCUCCUCUUCUUAUCACUCCUCUUUUAUUCACGUUCAUUAGAACUUUGUUCCGGUCGUGUGUACUAUCUUCCCAAUUGUUAUACAAACGAUUUAGAAUAUAUCGGCAACGAUGCCAACGAGUGUUCCUCCACUCAGACUGGUUUAGAGAGUAUAGGGUUAUACACCGACACCACUGUCUACUUAGACAUCUGUGGCAAUCAAAAAUUGAAGUAUUGUGUUACCGUCGACUCCUCAAAUUCUGUAUAUCUCUCAGUAGCAAAUGGCACACGCCCAACACUUUCUUGUAACACAGCACCUAAGAAGUACAUCACAAAUUUGUGUCUCUGUAAAAAGCGUCUCACUUCAAAAUGUGUUAAUUCACAGUUAGUUAAAAUCGCAGGCUGUGAUCCUUAUGGCGUGUCUUCGAGUACUUUCCCUUUCGAAGUUCUUUUAUUCGUGUUAAUUGCAUUUCUUCUGUAA